AUGUUAGCCUUCUGUACGUGAGCAUAGGUCUAGUAAAAAAUGUUAUGAAUAUGAAAUGUAUACCUGUAUAUUACCUUAAAAAACUUAUAUGUCAAUAUUAGCCUAAGCUAAAAAAAUAUUAAUGUAGGAAAAGUUAGCAUGCUAACAAUUACCAUGCAUUAAGUAUGACCUUAAUGAGUUUACAUGCAUAAUUUGCAAAAAAAAGCCAACAUGCUAAUGUUAGCAUGUUAGCAUGUUAGCAUGUUAGCAUGCUAGCAUUAACAUGGUAGCAACAUGCUUGAUACACCAAUAUAUGACAUGUUAGCAUGCUAAUUUUGGCAUGUGUAAAGGAACAAAUGGUGUGACCAUGUAAAAUGUGUGUUAAAAUGCCUUUUAAUGUUAGCAUGUCGCUUGCUAAUUGUAGCAUGCUGGCAAGUGGUUAGCAUUAGCAAGGAAAACAUUGACUUUUUUUGAAAGAAAAGCGAAAACUGACUCCAACUUACUUGUUGGCCGUUUCUCCGAAGGUGCCGGACAAAGACGACUGGGACCUUGGAACACUUCCGGACUUCCCCGCACACCCUUUGGUCCCCGAUGAGCGCAUGGAAACAUACAGUCGUAUUCCUGCUGUGCUCCGGUUUACUGCUGGACCAAAGUCUCCCAAGUCCUCUUCGGUCUUGGCGCCGCUUCAGGACGGGAAGCGGGGGGACACGUUUCCAGGGCCGGACCAGGCUGGGACACGGGACGCCGCGUAUGAAACGAGGAUGGGUGUGGAACCAGUUCUUCGUUCUGGAAGAAUACACGGGUGUUGUCCCGCAGUAUGUUGGAAAGCUCCACACUGACUCGGACUACGGUGACGGUGCCGUUAAGUACACGCUUUCAGGAGAAGGAGUCGGCUCCAUCUUCACCAUCGACGAAAUGACCGGAGACAUCCAUGCUGUGACGAGGCUUGACAGGGAGGAAAAGUCCCACUACAUGCUCCGAGCCCGAGCCGUGGACCUCAGUACAAGUCUCCCUCUGGAACCCGAGUCGGAGUUCAUCAUCAAGGUGCAGGACAUCAACGACAACGAGCCUCGGUUUACAGACGGACCGUACGGGGCCACGGUCCCUGAGAUGUCCCCAACAGGGACGUUUGUAACACAGGUCACGGCCACAGACGCGGACGACCCCACGUAUGGCAACAGCGCGCAGAUCGUCUACAGCAUCCUUUACGGCCAACAGUACUUUUCCGUGGACACCAAGUCAGGGGUCAUCAGGACAGCUUCGGCCGACAUGGAUCGCGAAGAGAAGGAGCGGUACCAGAUUAUAGUGCAGGCCCAGGACAUGGGCGGCCAAUUGGGGGGACUCGCAUCCACGGUCACCAUCAACAUCAGCCUCGGGGACGUCAACGACAACCCACCGCGUUUUGUCAAGAGGGUUUUCCAUCUGCGGGUGCCGGAGACGGCAUUGGUGGAUUCGACGGUGGGUCGGAUUCUGGCCCGUGAUCUCGACGCAGGCAGAAAUGCCGAGGUGGACUAUCGCGCCCUACCAGGGGACGAGGGCGCCGUGUUUGACAUCCUAUCUGCCGGCCAAAGUCAAGAAGGAGUUGUUGUCCUGAAAAAGCCGCUGGACUAUGAAACCAAGACCUCGUACACGUUCAAGGUCGAGGCGUUCAACGCGCAGACGGAUCCCCGUUUCCUGCACCUCGGUCCCUUUUUGGAUUGGGCGACCGUCAAGGUCCAGGUCACGGACAUGGACGAGCCUCCGGUCUUCAGCAGAACCUGGUACCGCGUGGACACGUAUGAAGACACGCCGCCAGGGACCGUGGUGGCUUCUGUUACGGCACACGACCUCGACGCCAGCAGCAGCGCAGUCAGGUACUCGCUGGAAUGGCGAAACGAGUACGACGGCUGUUUUGACGUCGACGCAGUCGAUGGCUCCAUCUCCACCAAUGACUACUUGGACAGAGAGGACACGCUUCAGCACAACAUUACUGUGCUGGCGUUCAAAAUCGUAAACCCUUUGCUGUCCGCCAAAGUCUUGGUGACGGUCAACGUCCUGGAUGUCAACGAGUUUCCUCCUCAGCUGGCCUUUCCGCCGGACACCUUCGUGUGCGAAACGUCUCCCGUUGGACAGGUGAUCCAGACGGUCAGCGCUGUGGACUUGGAUCUCCCGCCCGUCAGCCAGAGGUUUUUCUUCAAGUUCCCCAAAGGCAUUCGCCACAGAAACUUCACUAUUCGCGAUUAUGGAAACAACACGGCCGGCAUCGUGACCCGGCGCUCUGGUUUCCGGCGGGAGGCGCAGGACACGUAUGCCCUCCCGGUUGUGGUUGAAGACAGCGGCUACCCCGUCCGCAGCAGCACGGCGACGGUCGCCGUCCGAGUGUGCGCCUGCUCCUCGGAGGGCUCGCCGCUCGCCUGCUCCGCCCGAGUCGUCGCCCUGCCCGCGGCGCUGGGCGCUGGCGUUGCCACGGCAACCGGGCUGUGCGUCACUCUGCUGAUAGUCCUCUCCGGCUUGUACGCCGCCCGAAGUCGCCGCCGACUCCCGGCCCCUCCUCCCGCGUCCAAGGAAGACGUGCGAGACAACGUCCUCCACUACGACCACGAAGGCGGCGGCGAGGAGGACACGCACGCCUUCGACAUGGGCGCGCUGCGGGCCACGCCCCUUGUGAAGGAGGCCGGUCGCUACGGCGACGGCGUCUUGCUGCAUCUGAGCGGUCGCCAUGACGACAUCAGGUCGCCCGACAUCCACCGGCACGCCGCGGGAACGCUCGGGGACUUCACGGACCGGGGACUGGGGGAGAGUCGGGACAGGUAUGAGGUUUCUCCUUUUGACUCGCCAGCCUCGCCCUCUGAAGUGGGCGCCUCGCUCCGUUCCUUGGAGGACUUGUGGGGGUUUGAGGACCUGGGGGGUUUCAGUUCCCUCGGGGACUUGGUCCAGCCUUUCAAGUCCCUGGCGAACGUCUUCGGGAGACCGACUGUGUCCGACCAGAACUGAGUCGGACCGGAGAAAUUACAUUAAAAUAUAUGACACUGAGGAGUAUACCUGCUGAAUUAGCUUUAAAAAAGUUAGCAUGCUAGCGUUAGCAUGCUAAAACGCCAACCGUAGCAAACAGAAAGAUAGCAUAUCGACAUCAACAUGCUAACAUGUAUCAUUUGUCAAUAGUAACAAAAUACCUGACGCUGAGGGGUAAAUUAGCUAAAAAAAAGUUAGCAUUCUAGCAUUAGCAUGCUAAAACACCAACCUUAGCAAACAAAAAGAUAGCAUAUUAACAUUGACAUGCUGAUAGGUAUCAUUUGUCAAAAGUAACAACAUAUUUGACGCUGAGGGGUAAAUUAGCUGAAAAAAAGUUAGCAUUCUAGCAUUAGCAUGCUAAAACACCAACCUUAGCAAACAGAAAGAUAGCAUAUUAACAUCAACAUGCUAGCAGGUAUCAUUUGUCAAAAGUAACAACAUAUUUGACGCUGAGGGGUAAAUUAGCUGAAAAAAAGUUAGCAUUCUAGCAUUAGCAUAAUAAAACACCAACCUUAGCAAACAGAAAGAUAGCAUAUUAACAUCAACAUGCUAGCAGGUAUCAUUUGUCAAAAGUAACAACAUAUUUGACGCUGAGGGGUAAAUUAGCUGAAAAAAAGUUAGCAUUCUAGCAUUAGCAUGCUAAAACGCCAACCGUAGCAAACAGAAAGAUAGCAUAUUAACAUCAACAUGCUAGCAGGUAUCAUUUGUCAAAAGUAACAACAUAUUUAACGCUGAGGGAUAAAUUAGCUGAAAAAAAGUUAGCAUUCUAGCGCUAGCAUGCUAAAACGCCAACUGUAGCAAAUGAAAAAGAUAGCAUAUUAACAUCAACAUGCUAGCAGGUAUCAUUUGUCAAAAGUAACAACAUAUUUGACACUGAGGGGUAAAUUUGCUAAAAAAGUUAGCUUGCUAACAUUAGCAUGCUAAAAUGCCAACUGUAGCAAACAAAAAGAUAGCACAUUGACAUGCUAAUAGGUGUCAUUUGUCAAGUAACAAAAUAUUUGGUAAUGAGGUGUAAAUUAGCUAAAAAAGUUAGCAUGCUACCAUUAGCAUGCUAAAAUACCAACCAAUACGUUACUCUGAAGUGUGUACCUGUAAAACAAAAGUUUAAAAUGCUAGCAUGCUAAUGUUAGCAUAUGUCAAGACUGAGGUGUAUGUCUACACAAUUAGCAAACAAAAAAAUAGCAUAUCAACAUCAACAUGCAAACAGGUAUCACUUGUCAAGUAACAAAAUAUUUGACGCUGAGGUGUAAAUUAGCCCAAAAAAGUUUGCAUGCUAGCGUUAGGAUGCUAAAACGCCAACCUUAACAUGCGUCAGGAACCAAAAUAUAUCACUCUGAGGUGUUUACCUGAAAAAAUAUUGUUUAAAAUGCUAGCGUGCUAAUGUUAGCACGUUUCAAGAAAGAUAGCAUAUCCACUACAUGCUAACAAGUAUCAUUUGUCAAGUAACACAAUAUUUGAUGCUUAGAAGUAAAUUAGCUAAAAAAAAAUAGCAUACUAACAUGCUAAUGUUAGCAUGUGUGAAGACUGAGGUGUAUGCCUACACAUUUAGCGAAAAGAAAGAUAGCAUAUCAACGACAACAUGCUAACAGGUAUCACUUUUCAAGUAACACAAUAUUUGACACAAAAAAAUGUUAGCAUGCUAAUAUCAGAAUGCUAACUAUUGGACAGAGGGCCGUUAAAAAAAAUAGGGUUUAUAAAAGGAAGUUUGGUCUCACUUUAGCGCGUCCUGAGCUGAACUGCAGGACUUCUCAGGAGACGAUACCGUCCUUGUAUGAGGAUGCAACAAAGUAUCUGAUACCGGUCGAUGAUAUCAAAUGUCUUUGGCGCCACAGAGUGAUUCCCACCGUCCAUUUUAUCAUUUUUAUUUUUUGUGUUGGCCAACAUUUGCAUCAUCUUGUUUCCAGUCUGAGAAGACAAAUGAAGUCUUGUCUUGUUAGCGAAGUCACAUGAGGA